UUGGGACGAGUGGCGUCCGGGUGGGGCAGAAUCUGAGUCCGAGAGUCGCUUGCUCCAGCUCCUCGCCAAGGUUUGACCCCACAAAUCGGGCGGCCCCGUGGUCCCGCACGGCCCCUCGGCCACUCUUCCCUCUCCGCCGCCAGCUGUCUGGCGGGAGCCCCGCCCCCAGGGCCCGGGGGCGCUGAAACCCGAGCCUAGCAGGCUCCACCUUCUCCCUCCCGGUUGGAGCCCAUCACCUGACUGCCAGCCUCUCUCAGGUCCGUCCUAGGCUGCCAUGGCCUCGGACGCUCCCGGGCCCACCGAAGAGUCGGGCCUUAGUCCCGAUGGGUCGGAUCUGGCCGUGAACCCUUACGACGGACUGCCCUUCUCUUCCCGAUACUACACGCUGCUGGCCCAGCGUCGGGCCCUCCCCAUCUGGGCUGCGCGCUUUAGCUUCCUCGAGCAGCUGGAGAGCAGCCCCAGUGGGGUAGUGCUUGUGUCGGGAGAGCCUGGCUCCGGCAAGAGCACCCAGAUUCCUCAGUGGUGUGCUGAGUUUGCGCUGGCCAGGGGAUUCCAGCAUGGCCGAGUGACCGUCUCGCAGCCCCAGCCCCUGGCUGCCCUGAGCCUAGCUCUCCGAGUAGCUGAUGAAAUGGACCUAAGCUUGGGCCACGAAGUUGGCUACAGCAUCCCCUUGGAGGACUGCACCGGACCAGACACCCUGCUCAGGUUCUGCUGGGACAAACUGCUAUUACAGGAAGCAGCGUCAGCCCGAGGUGCAGGAGCUUGGGGUGUUCUGGUACUGGAUGAGGCCCAGGAGCGGUCAGUAGCCUCAGAUGUGCUGCAGGGAUUAUUGCGGGAUACAGGGUUAGGGAACAGCCUCGAGGGCCCACGCUUAGUUGUGGUCACCGAUCCAGCCUUUGAAUCCAAGCUCUGUGCCUUUUGGGGUAACCCUCCUGUGGUUCGAGUAGCCCAGGGGCCUGAAGAGGGCCCUAUUCCUGUGUACAGAGAUCCUGCUCCCACAGAUCUGGUGGGUGCUGCCUGCAAGGCUGUGCUGGAAUUACAUCAGGAUGGGGUUCCAGGAGAUGUGCUGGUCUACCUACCCAGUGAAGAGAACAUUUUGCAGUGCUGUGAGUGUCUUCGAAAGGAGGCAGAGAGGUUGGAUCCUGAGCUGACCCCAUUUCAGGUGCUACCACUACAUGCUGGACUUGGCCGGGCUGUACAGGCUGUGUAUGAGGAUGUGGAAGGAGGCCCUCGGAAGGUGGUGGUCACUCAUUGGUUGGCUGAUUCAUCUUUUUCCCUCCCUUCAAUCCACCACGUUAUUGACUCAGGACUGGAGCUUAGAAAUGUUUACAAUCCUCAGAUCCGGGCUGAAUCCCAAGUGAUGAGGCCGAUCAGCAAAAGCCAAGCAGAAGCCAGGAGGCUGAGGACCAAAGGCCCCCCACUAGGAUCCUGCCUCCGCCUAUAUCCCAAAUCUUUUUUGGAGUUAAGAGCUCCCUCAGUCCCUUCACCUCGGGUAUGUGAGGAGAAUCUAAGCCGACUAGUGCUACUGUUAAAGAGGCGACACAUUGCAGAGCCAGGAGAGUGUCACUUUCUAGACCGGCCGGCCCCAGAGGCUCUAAUGCAGGCGCUAGAAGACCUGGACUAUCUGGCUGCCUUGGAUGAUGAUGGUGACCUGUCAGACCUAGGAGUCAUUCUUUCUGAACUGCCCCUGCCCCCUGAGUUAGCCAAAGCCCUGCUGGCUGCCUGCGAAUUUGACUGCGUGGAUGAGAUGCUAACCCUAGCAGCCAUGCUCACCACUGCCCCUGGCUUUGAGGGGCCCCCGAAGUGUGCAGAGGAGGCUGCCCAACGACGAGCACUGGAACACCCAGACGGUGACCACAGCACCCUGAUUCAGGUGUAUGAAGCCUUUAUACAGAGUGGGGAGGAUGAGAAUUGGUGUCGGGCUCGGGGUCUGAGCUGGGCUGCACUGUGCCAGGCCCAGGCAUUUCGGGGAGAGCUCCUGGAACUGAUGCGUCGAAUUGAACUUCCCCUGUCUCCACCAGCAUUUGGCUCUGAACAGAAUCGAAAAAAUCUUCAGAGAGCGCUGGUGUCGGGGUACUUCCUCAAGGUGGCUCGAGACACAGAUGGGGCUGGCAAUUAUCUGCUCCUGACGCAUAAGCACGUGGCUCACCUGUCCCCCUCCUGCUGCUACGCAAAUCGCCGACCCCCUGCCCAGCCUCCUCCCUGGGUGCUUUACCACAACUUCUCCAUCUCCCAAGACAACUGCCUCUCUAUUGUGUCUGAGAUCGAGCCCCACAUGCUGGUGGAGCUGGCUCCCCCCUACUUCCUGAGUAACCUGCCUCCCAGUGAGAGCCGAGACCUGCUGAAUCAGCUGAGAGAAGAGAUGAAUGGAGUCUUCUCAGAGAAUGAACCCCCCAGCCAGGACCUCAGCCUGGAUGACAAGGAUGCUUGUGCCCUGCAGUGAUCUCUGCCUGAGGACCGGCCUCGAGAGGAGCCACAAACGGCCACGUCACCUGCCCGACCCAGGGCCUGGCCACAAAUUGUAGGAGCCCAGGGGACAGGGUGUGGGUGCGCAAGGAAUGCAGGGUAAGGACUGCGAUGGGGGAUUCUAGCAGGGGGAGGGGCCAGAAUGACCAGGAGGGUACCCUCCUUCCCUCCCCUCCACCUUCACCAUAAAAGCCUUUGCUCUGCCUUGAUUUUUCUGGACGACUUCUUAGAGGCAUCAUGUACUGUGGACACAAGGAGUUCAUGAUCCUGGGUUUGGGGGCAGGGUGGUGACAACUGGGUGUCCGAGUGGAUGGAGGGACAGCCUGCAGUGA